AUGUCGGGUCAUCAGCCCUCCCAAACAUAUAGUGAAGCACUCGCCAGAGCCAUCAGAGCAGAGGUGUACUUACGGAAGGAGACCAAAUUAGCUCUUUCCCCGACAGUGGCAAGUAGUCCUCUCCAACUUGGUCAAUCCAAUAGUGCAGAACAAGUUGUUGGCAAAGACGAUAAGGGUAAAAGCAAGAAAGGAGUCUUACCUAAAGCCAACAGGAAGGACAUGAAGAAAAAGGGCCAACAAAGGAAAGGUGAGGUCAAUUACUAUAAGAAAUGUCGGAGAAGACACCGAGGUGAAUGUCUAGUGGGGACCAAUGUUUGUUUCAGAUGCCACCAGCCAGUUCAUAUUGCUAGAGAUUGUCCCAUUGGUUCUACAAUUUCAAUACCUGUAGUUGGAGGCACGACAGCCAGGGUAUAUAAUGUGGCCCAGAUGCAGGCAGAUGCCAGCCCUUCAGCAGUCACUGGUGCUAAACAUUCAUUCAUAUCAUAUGGAAUGAUUAAGAGAUUAGGGUUAAUGCCUAUUAGAGUAGAACAAGCCAUUAGGAUUGAAUUGCCUGAUGGUGAGGGUGUAGUGACCAAUGAAGUCUUAAUGGAGGAGUUAGUGAAAAUUAAAGGACGAAAUAUGAUGGUAGAUUUGAUUGUCUUCAAUAUGCCAGACUUUGACAUCAUUCUUGGGAUGGACUUUCUUAGUAGAUAUGGAGCAGAGAUAGACUGUCGUAGGAAAAAAGUCAAGUUUAAUCUAGACUAUGGGGAUAACUUCAUUUUUGGAGAAGGACACCCAACUAGCAUGAUGAUAGUGCAACAAAAGCUAGGAAGAUGUUGA